ACCGAGGUAGACAGGCAGAGCAUUGAUCUCAGGUCUCAGAGUUACUGUCGACCCAGCCAGCCAGCCAGCAAGCAAGCCCUGCCUGCCUGCUCACUUGGUGUCGAGCAAUCAAUCAUCUCUCCAGUGUCCCGCACUUUCUUCAGAGCCUUUUGCUCGAGCUUCCCGCAGAGGAUCGGAUCCAAGCAGAGAGGGGAGAGACAGUAGACAGUGAGUGAAGUGAGUGAGUGAGUGAGUGAGUGAGCUCACGCUGAAUUUGGUCAGACUGAGCUCGCUCACAGUUGGAGAGACUUUGGUGGCAUCUGCGUUCGUUUCUACGAGCAUUCAUUCAUUCACUUCCUGCAGCAGAUAGAGUGAGAUUGAGCGAGCACCGAAGCAUAUUCUGUUGUACUGUCAACUUGUACGGAGGCAGAGAGGGAGGGAGGUGAGGUGCACUGCAGUGCACUGCACUGCUUGCUACGGUCUGUCACUCACUGUCUGGUGCUGGUGCUGGUGAUGGUACUCGAAUAUUGUCGAAGGAACUCAACUAAACGACACGUAAACUGAGCUCGAACCUGGAUUCAAGGUUCUGAUCAACCUGGCACGCACCAACGCUCCCAAACUGGAGCAUCUCAGCUGGAAAUUUUAAUCUCAUUUGACUGACCCCUUUCGUAAGAACCCGGGGACUGUCACAACACAAUCUAGUGAGCGUAAAUCUUUGUAAUUGCUUCGAGCCCGACAGCUCCUUGGCAGCAUGGCUCUUCAAAGAAGUCACGACUCCAUGGAUGAAAAGCUGUGGAGUAGACUACCGGAGGACCUGAUGCAGAGAGUGCUCGUAUUCUUGCCCAUUCCGGAUGUGCUCAGGCUGCGCUGUGUGUGCAAAGCAUGGAACUCACAACUCUCGUAUAGAAGGUCUCUGGACUGUCCAAUUUCCGCAGCUGUUUCUCAGGCUCUUUUGUCACAGCAACCAUAUCUCCUUUGUCUGACCGCAGUCGCUUCUCAUCCUACCAUUCACGUUUACAAUGUGUCCCUUCGCAAGUGGGACGUGAUCUCGCUGAGUUUCUUGCCAGAGCUGGACGAGAUUUCGAUUAUCAAAUCCGGUGGAGGUCUGCUGUAUCUGAAGGCAAGAGUAGGGCACUGCGAUGACACCAUCUUCCUCACAUGCAAUCCUCUGACCAAGACUUGGAAGCAACUCCCUUCCGUUUUCUCCGAGAACGAGCCUUACAGAUCCGGAAUGUCGAGCUUGACAUCCAUGGUCUGCAGCUCAGAACCUGGACGAGGCUACAGGAUCAUCGAAGCUGGUCUGAAUGGACUCACCGACCUGCGCACCAAGAUUUACGAUUCUGCGACCGGAGAAUGGAAGACGAGUGGAGGAUUGCCUUCACAAGUCACCGGAUUCGAGUCCGAGGGAGUCAUUAUCAACGACUGUCUGUACGGGGUCACUUGCCUGCCGUAUAAAAUUAUAAAGAUGGAGCUCGAUGGAGGAUCAUGGAGUGAAUUCUCGCCUAGCCUCCCCAAGUGUGCAGUGUAUCCACACCUGGUGGAAAGUCUGGGUGAGAUGGUCAUGCUGGGAGGCUACGAUUCAUGCUGGGAAGAAGGAUUUAUCCCCGAACCAACUGCGCUGAAGGUGUGGAGGCUGGAUCGUUCGAAGAUGGAGUGGGAAUGCGUGUCCUCACUCCCAGACGAGAUGCUUGAGCAGCAUCUCACCAAGAACUGCUUCGAUUCGCUCAAAUGCGCUGCGCAGGGGGCAUCCAUCUUCAUCUCGAAUUUCGAUGGUUCUGUCGUGUUGGUCUUCGACCUGGUCCUCAACUCCUGGACUCGGCUUCUCGAAUGCCCAUCCCUCUCGAACCGGCAAUCAUGCAUUGAACACAUGUUCGUCUUCAAUCCGUCUUUGCAAAUCACCCUUUGAGCCAACACCAUCGCUGCCUUCAGAUUUCAUAUGAUCCUCGUCGUCUUCUUCACAAGAUUUCCGCUUAAUCUUGGACCAAACUCAAGCUGUUAAUGUUAGAUGACAGUUUCAGUCGACAUCGAGCAUGUUCUCUGACUGCUGCGCUUCACAUAUCAUAUUUGUAAAACUGAAUUCAGGAGAUUGGAAUUUAUGAACCAUCUGAAUUGACCUCAAACUUAAAACUAUUCUUGUAUC